UGUAAUUUGUUUUAAUAAUUCAAUUAGAAAGUAUCUUCAUAAUAUGGAAGGUCAAGUAGCAUAUGCUUUACAAAAAAAACUACAUGCUUUUGAAAAAAGAAAAGUAAAAAAAUAUUUGAAAGGUAGACAAGGUACUGCAGUAGCUAAAACUUUUCAUAAAGCUGGAAUAUAUGUACCAUAUGAUCGAAAAACAGAUAUUGGUUAUAGACCCUUAUCAGAAUCAGACAGUGUAUUACGUAAAAUUUUAAAAUCAUAUCGUGAAGCUUCUAAAAGUAAAAAAGUUGCAGAAAUGGAUAAAUUACAACCCAUAAUAACUUAUGCAAAUAUAGCCAAUGAUGAAUGUGACUUUGGUACAGGACUAGAGUUAGGAAUUGAUAUAUUUUGUGAUGGAAAUUCUGAACUUCAUCGUAUUUGCAAACAAUUGUUAGUAACUGUUUAUAAUCUACUUCGAAGACCACAAUUUGCAACUAUUAUUCAAGCACACUUAGAUAACAGAAGAAAAAAUUCAAACUUGAGUAUAUUAUAAAAUUUUUGUUUUUUACCUGUGUAAUUAAAUUAAAUAGUUUUCAUCUUAUAUAAAUGAAGAAAACCUUUUACACUUCUAAGAAAAUAAUAUUUAGUUGUUUACAUUGGUA